UAUGACCUGCCAAACGAUUGCGGCUAAAGGAAUGUUUAUAUUGAGAUAAGUCGCCGGCGCUCCAGCUCCAACCAUCAAUGGAUCAGUCGUCCCCGCCACUGUCGGCCCCAGCUAUGCAGUUCCACCACCGAACACGUUGACGCUUGAAACACGAAAAUUACGCAUUACCAUGGUAACGUUCUAGUGUUCUGUGAGUAUGGAAUCGGACGCUUCCUAGAGAGUCAAUAUUUCUGGCAUGAUGCGUCCAAGUAAUUGAACAUUUCGGAAUAUACAAUGUGUUUCGACAGCAUCGUCCGAUCUCAACUAAGUGAGGCGACCAACCAACUAGCUUUAUCCUCAGAUGCAUGUGGAUGCGAGCCCUUGUUUACAAUCAGCGCAGUCAGAUACUAUCGCCUAUAUUAACUGGACCCACUCCUCAGUGAUUCUACAGGCCAGGAACAUCCUCCUUGUGUUUGACCGAUACCUCCUGCCCGUGUGCUGCUUGAGACGUUGGGAUGUUUCUGAGCUGGAGAUCAGUGGGUGAAGAAAUGAGAGAUCAGUUGUGUUGAGAGUUACCGCUUCGACGAAAGGUGGUGUGAACGCCAUGUUGGAUGACAUAGGGUGAAAGCGAGGCUGCGCGUGACCCCGGUGAAGAACCUGCCGUCCCCGAUGACGCUCCCGAGAGAAUGUUUCCUCGGUUAUCCACUGUGUUCAGGUAUGCUACCCUUCUAGUGCUCAUCGUCGUCUCGGCCAUCAUGAUCUUCCAACUAGGAACAAACAGUGACGUCACUUCCGAAGAGAUUAUACUUCCUAUGGAAGUGUAUGACGUCGAGCCUAUUCGUCGGGGAGACAUCAUGACGUCACUUCCUAAACACACUGCCCGGUCCACCACGGCAAUAGAAGAUGACAGUACGGACGGACAUCAACAUAAAUCUGCGAACCCUCAUUCGUUCGAAUAUCGUAUCAACCCAGUCACACAGUGCGCAGGACAGGAAGUGUUCCUUGUGACUUACGUUCACUCAGCUCCCGCCAAUUUCAAAAAGAGGCAGACAAUACGGGAAACGUGGGGGCACCAUACUAUCCUCAAGCGCCAUAAUGUUAGAGUCGUUUUCAUAAUGGGAACAGUCCCGGAGGCAUACGUGAUGAACAUGGUAGACAUGGAAGCGAACAGGUACGGUGACAUCGUGCAAGAGAACUUCGUAGACAGCUACAGGAACCUCACCCACAAAGCUAUUGCAGGAAUAAAGUGGGUGUCUUCCUAUUGCCCCAAUGCUAAGUUUGUCCUCAAAACUGAUGACGAUAUUCUAGUCAAUUUCCACACAUUUCUAGAGUUUAUUAAAUCCACUGUGCAGAAAGCCUACGGGACUAAAGGGUUGAUUGUGUGUAAUCAGUGGAUUCGUAUGAAAGUCAUGAGGGACAAGAGGUCCAAGUGGUACAUUCCGAAAGAAGAUUUCCCGGAGGAUUACUUUCCGCCAUAUUGUUCCGGUUCUGCGUAUCUGAUGAGCGCAGACGUUGUGGACGGGAUGUACAAGGCGUCAAUGACAACCCCGUUUUUCUGGGUAGACGAUUAUUACAUUACGGGUAUGUUGAUACAGAGGCUGAAUCUCACUCAUCGGCGGUAUAACCAAGCGUAUAUUCUCAAUCCGGGUGUUGUGGUGGACAAGUUUAACAACGAUAAAGAAAACAGUCUUGUGUUUUUCCAUGUCCACAAACUGAGAACGAUGUAUCAACUCUGGCGAAACAUGACAAUGAAACACUUACACAAAAUGUCAUUAAGUGGUUCCGUUACCAAGCCGUUCAGGCCGUCCUCCACGCGAUCUGUAUGAGGGAAGACUUACCGACCGCAGAGCCUAAAGACCUUUUGGGACCGACCAUUCCAUAAGGGAAGGGGACCGGUUAUUUACAAAAAUUGUACCUAAUUUCUUUUUAGAUACUUCAUUCUUUUUAAUAAGAAAAACCGCAAAACGUUGGUUGUUCUAACCAAAUGUGCUCAUCCUCAGCAUUAAUCUAUAACCCUUUCUAUAAAAUGUAUUAAUAUCUUCAAAAAACAAAAUUCACCAUCCCACUACCCCGCUUUCGCUUAUGAAAUGGUUUCUCCCUUAAACGUGUAAACGGCGUGUUUGUUUCUUAGCACAUUUGUACAUAAGACUUAACUGUAUGCUAAGGUUACCCUAAGGCUAUCCUAAGACCCUGUUCUAUGUUA